AUGCCUUCGAUAGUUUUCCGCACGCCUUUAACUGCGGAAGAGCAAGGUAGUUAUGGGCAACACUUCAAAAAGUUGGAUCCCGAAAGUCUGGGUAUUGUGACUGGUGAGGCUGUGAAGCCAUUAUUCAGCCGGUCAGGUCUCAAUUCCCAAUCUUUGUCUCAAAUUUGGUCCAUAUGUGACACCGGAAAUCAGGGCUUUCUGAACGCGUCCCAAUUCAACGCCGCUCUAAGAAUGAUUGGCCACCUACAGGUCAAUGCGUCACUUCCUGUUACAUCGGAGCUUUACCAAACUCCCGCUCCUCGUCUUGCCUUUUUCGGAUCUCAAGGCCAGGUUUCAGCUGAACCUACCGGGACCCCGGUUAGCAGUGCAAUUCCUGCGGUUUCAGGAUACGAUGUCUCCAAGUUUGCCCAAUUGUUUGAUAGAUCAGCCAAUGGAACGCAAUUUUUAGCGGGUGACAAGGCCAAAGAAAUAUUUUUAAAAGCCAAGCUGCCCACCCAAACUCUGGGCGCUAUUUGGGCACUAUGUGACCGGAACAAUACCGGCACCUUAAGUAAGCCUGAGUUUGUUAUGGCCAUGCACUUGAUUCAGACGGCCAUGCUGAACCCUUCUGUGGCGCUACCAAAUACACUACCCGCCUACUUGUGGGAGUCCGUUAAUGUUAGAAGUCCAGCCCAUGCACCUCUAAGCAGAAGCUCUACGGGAUUGUCUUCCAAUUCGUCAGUUGCGAGACAGCCUUCAAUUGCACGGGUAUCCUCUAGUACCUUCACAAAUGCCGCCUCUGAUUGGACUUUAACAUACGAGAAAAAGCAACAAUUCGAUGCUAUUUUUGAUUCACUGGACAAAAACAAGACGGGAACUUUGGGGUCCCAGGUUUUGGUGCCAUUUUUCCUCUCUUCAAGAUUGAAUCAAGAUACAUUGGCAACAGUAUGGGAUCUAGCGGAUAUUCAUAACAAUGCCGAGUUUUCAAAACUUGAAUUUGCGAUCGCUAUGUUCCUAAUCCAAAAGAAAAAUAGCGGAUUAGAAUUGCCCGAUGUCGUUCCAGAUCAGCUCUUGCAAUCUCCUGCUCUGGGUUUAUAUAACCAAGCUCCUCAACAGGUACCACAGGACUCCUACCCUCAUCCUUCUAUCCCAUCUAGAGACACUAAACCAUCUUUUGAUGAACAGCCUCGCUCAUCACAACCCAACCAAAGUGCUCUUGGGGAUCUUCUAGCUCUCAAUGAGUCUUUCUCCUCACCCCAACCUUCUCCUCAACCUCAAGCUCCUGUACAAAUUACUGGAGAUUCUGGCCUUUCUGCUCAGAAUCCCUCACUUUUGACCAGCAGCACUACGGGGAUGAGGAAAUUUCAACCUUCUUCAACCUUUGGGCAAAAUAUAAUCAAGGAAGAGGAGUCUCAACAAUAUCCGAUGAACUCACAACAGCAAAUAUCACAACAGCAACAACAACAACAACAGCAGCAGCAGCAUGCGCUGCCACAACAGUCUGCGCCACUUCCAUCACACUCACAAGCCUUCCAUCAACAGCCAUUGCAAUCAUCAAACUCAUUCCAAGAGACGCGUACUGCUGUUGUUCAGGGUAAUGCACCUUCUCAAAGUGGCUCCACCACCAUUUCGCAACCUCCCGUGCAGUCCCCUCAACAGGCCUACAGUUCCACACUACCAAGCGUACCAAAUUUUGCUUCUGUUUCUAUUCCACAAAGCUCACAGACCAGGGAUCUUUUUGCAGAUGGAGAAGCAUCCAUUCAGCUUUCGCAAGCUACUACAGAAUUAGCUAAUCUCUCUAAUCAAGUUGGCUCUUUGAGUAAACAAGCCACUUUAGUCAAUGACAAGAAAGCCAAGGCUCAACAGGAAUUGCAACGAAUUAACGAUCUCAAGAGUUCUAUUGAAUCUAAGAUGAUUACGUUGCGUGCUUCUUAUGAACAGGAAGUUAAGCAGACAGAGCAAGUUGAAGGGCUACUAGCCCAAUCCAGAAAAGAAUCCGAAGAUCUCAAGCAACAGAUGGCAGUUGCAGAAGCAAACUACCACACCGUUCAAGGAACCUUAACUGAACUACAGCAACAACUGCAAGAAUCAGAACAAGCUAAUUCGCAACUGAAGGAGAAGAUAGGAAGUUUGAAUGCUCUGGCCUCCUCGCUUCAAGCUGAAUUAACGGACAAGCAACAAAAGGUCAAGCAAGAGAAAUCGAUGGUUGAUGUGAACUCUAAGCAAUUAGAAGUUAGCCAAAUUACUGUGAACAAUUUGCAGCAAGAAAUUCAAGGUUUGGAGGAGAACUUAAUUGUUUUCUUACAGAAGCAUAAAGAAUUGGACAGCUACCGGAGUACCCUUGAACAACAACAUGGUGAAUUGAACUCCAAGCACCAAGAAUUGGAGGGGAAACAUGUGGAGCUAAAUCAACGUGAACAAGAAGUACAGCAACGUACCAAGCAGAUUGAGGAGCAAGAACAGAUCUAUCAUCAGCAAAUUGCUAAGCUUCAAUCUAUGUUUAAUGAUUUGGCAAAGCAAAGAGAUGCUUUCUCUAAGGCUGAUGAAGAAUUACAGAAUCAGCAAUUAGAGUAUGCGCAAAAGGUACAAGAAUUGUCUGAGAGGCAAAUGAAAUUGGCGAUGGGCGAAGUACCUGAAGAUGCGUCUACGAUUGUAAAGGAUUCACGUGCUAUCUCUUCCGCCAAUCAAGAUCACGUUGCAAAAUUUGUCGAAGAAACAGUAACUAAUUCGAGACUUGGAGCUCAGGAAGAUGACGAAAAGCAGGGUUCUGAUGUUUUUGAUAAGGAUGUCCCCACAGUUGGAUCACAAACCGAAGUUGACGAUGAUGAUGGAAGAGUCCACGACGAUGAAACGGCAGCAGAAGCACUCGCAGACAGAUUUGAUGGUGAUUUGAAUGAAUACGGCAUUCCUAGAACAGAAUCACUCACUUCGUCGGUCGUUAACAACCCUCCACAGUCUGUACGGGAUGAUGCUGAACCCGAACUUCAAGAAGCCGUCAGCGACGAAACUUUCAGAAACACAGCAAGUGCGGAAUCGAGACUCCCAGAAGAACCGGCUGAAAAGACAAUGCCUGGUGGCUGGGCAGCCACGGAAACAAAUACUGUGGUAAGCAGUGGCCAUGAAGCACUUGCAGCAGGCACCCAGCCUAGCGUUGAGAUCGGAGCUAGAGAAUCCGCCGCUGAUAAUAUUGAAAGUGUCGAAGACCAGUCCACACAGAAAAGUAGCGAGGAACUUCAUUCGAAGGCCUCCUCUUCCACUGUUAAAAAUACUAUCGAUGACGAAUUUCCCCCAAUUCAAGAAUUGGAUAUUGACGAGAGUGAUUCUUCUCUGGAUGACGAUCACUUUGAAGACUCGAAAGACGUAAUCGCUCAAGAUUCGCUCGAAAAGAAGUUACCUAAGAAAUCAGCUGAAAUCUCAAUUCCUCAAAAGUCAAAGGCUGAGGAGCAAGUCAAAAAAGAGGCACCUAUCACGAAUGAAGCACCUAUCACGGAGGAAGUACCGGCCGUAAAGAAAGCUCCAGUAAACACUUCUAUUCCACAAGAAGCAGAAUUUGAGGAUGAAUUCGCAGGACUGGAGCAGGCAGCACCUGAAGAAGAUGAUUCAGAUGAGCUAGACAAUGCAGACUCAAGCGAAGGCUUUGAAACGAUAGAACAUAAGGACUUAGAUGACGAGCUUCAACAAGGUGGGUUUACAGGAUCAAGUGGAGGUAAUGUGGUGCGAUCUGUAGAACCGGGUGCUUCCACUGUAAAUAGUGACAGCGCGCCAGUUGAUGCUGAUGAAUGGGAUGAAAUAUUUGCUGGGUUCGGAAAUUCGAACGUUAGUUCUUCUCCAGCGGUACAACCCGCUCAGAAACCUGUGCAAAAGACUGCAAAUGAAGCGUUGCAACAACCCACGCCUGAUAAAUCUUCAAUACAUCUAAAUGCUCCCGUUAGCAGAGGUAUUGCAACCACACCAAAAUCUCUUGCUAUCGAAGAAUUAAGCAGCAUGGGAUUUACCCACGAAGAGGCAUCAAAAGCAUUGGAAAGAUGUAAUUGGGAUCUAGAGGCAGCUACUAACUAUCUAUUGGAUAGUUCCUAG